AUGUGGCAGAAUUGCAAAUGGAUUCUAGUCUCCUUAGCCAGUUUAAUGCUGUUUAGCUGUGCAGUCGCCCAAACUGAAGAUUUUACAUGCGUGCAAUGCAACGCAACGGAAAACUGUUUGAAAAAUAUUACAGCCAUCGACACUACGAUCGCAUGCAGCGAGACACAAACAUGCUAUACAAAGCUCAAUGAUGACAAUUCCAUUGACCGUGGCUGUUUGGCGAGUACUGAUACGUGCGAGGCACCAAAUUGUGUCAGUUGUACCACUGCAAAUUGCAACAAGAACACUGUAUGUAAGUCUUGCACAUCAGAGGACAACGCUGCUUGUGCCCAAACUGAUGCGUCCACAGUUGGCAACGCCAUUUGCAGCAGCGCCGAUAGCACCUGCAUGAUCAGUGUGCUGCAGAAUACAACGGAACGAGGCUGUGUUACGGAGGACUUCGAAAAAAACUGCACAGAUACGAAAAAAUGCAAAAUAUGUCAAGGUGGCAUUUGUAAUUUGGGCAUAUUCCCGACGGAUCGCCGCACCUGCUUUCAGUGCACCGAUACAGAGACAACCUGCGCAAAUGCAGUGACCAGCAGCAGCAACAGCAGCGACAGCAGCACUUCACUACCUUGCCUGCAUUACGUGGAGGACGACAAAUGUUAUAUGUAUGGCACGGAUGAGACGCACGUCACACGGGGCUGCACCUCGGAUGCGGCUGAAGUGAAUAAAUGUAGUACGGAAGGCGAUGAUAAGUGUAAAACUUGCGAUACCAGCAAUUGCAAUGAGUGGGGCUACAGUAUGGAUCAGUCGUUAUUGUGCGUGACGUGUUCGAGCGCAAACGAUAGCCAAUGUGCUUGGGGACAGUUGGCGAGCAAUGCUACGAGUUGUGAGAAAAAAAUCCUAUAUACACAAGAGGAGAAAUGCUAUACGCGUACCAAUGAGGCUGGAGUGGUGACGCGCGGCUGUUUCUACGAUCUCGAUGAGGCGGCACAGACAGCGUGCACGCAGGCGAACAAUUGCACUACUUGCACGAAUGCCAAUGGUUGCAACAACGUGGACGCGCAGAAUUUCACUUGUAUUCGAUGCCGCAGUGAUAACUAUGAGGGAUGUCGCCUUAAUGCCGAUAAAAUAGGUGGUGAAAAGUGCACAAAUCUAGUGACAUCGGAAUUGGAGGCGAAAUGCUUUACUGGUGUUUGGAAUACUAACGUAGUUAUUCGUGGCUGUCUCAUAGAUUUGGAUGAGAGGAAUCAGUUCAUUUGCAAAGAUCCCGACAAUGAGAGUUGCAAAGUUUGCAGCGGAACUAAUUGCAAUAUAGAAGCAAACGGCGCGGCAUAUUUGCUCAUUUCAAAUGGACUAUUGGCUGCUGUUCUCCUAACAUUGUGGCGUCUGAAAUAAUACAAAAAAACUAUCAAUAAAUUAACGUUAUCCCAAGUGAAAAUACAUACUUACAUAUUUACCUACUAACUAACAUAAAAACACAUUUACCCUAAAUAAUAUGCAUGUACA